UGAUGCCGCGCGGAGCGGGGCGCUUGUACAUUUCUGUGUGCGGCUACAACCGCAGUUCCCAAGAUUGAAGUCGAAUGAAACGGGAGAGGAGCUUGAAAUACGAUGAUGGAUCGUCCGAGCCGUUUCUCAUCGCUCGGACAGCUGUAACGUCGGCGGACACACGCGUGGAUUCAUCAAAGGGUCGGCGUUUAAGGCUUCACUUUGUUUGACAUUCAGCCAGCGACAGAAUGAUCGAGGAAGGCAGUAAACGAGGCAAGGCCAUGGUGGAGAAGAGGCAGCUCUUCAUGGAAAUGAGAGCUCAGAACUUCGAUGUAAUCAGACUGUCGACUUACAGGACUGCCUGCAAACUCCGGUUUGUGCAAAAGAGAUGCAACCUUCAUCUGGUGGAUGUCUGGAACAUGAUCGAAGCCUUUCGUGACAACGGGCUCAACACACUGGACCACAACGCUGAGAUCAAUGUGUCGCGGCUGGAGACUAUCCUGUCUUCCAUCUACUACCAGCUCAACAAGCGGUUGCCCACCACCCACCAGAUCAAUGUGGAGCAGUCCAUCGGCCUGCUGCUCAACUUCAUGGUGGCCACCUAUGACAGUGAAAGCCAUGGGAAGCUGACAGUUUUCUCAAUGAAAGCCAUGCUGGCAACAAUGUGUGGAGGGAAAAUUGUGGACAAACUACGCUAUAUUUUCUCACAGAUCUCUGACUCAAGUGGAGUCAUGAUGUUUGCAAAGUUCGAUCAGUUCCUCCGGGAGGUGCUGAAACUCCCCACAGCCGUGUUUGAGGGUCCUUCUUUUGGCUACACGGAGCAUUCAGUGCGGACGUGCUUCCCUCAGCAGAAGAAGAUCAUGCUGAACACGUUUUUGGAUGUGUUGAUGGCAGAUCCUCCCCCUCAAUGCCUCGUAUGGCUACCACUCAUGCACCGACUUGCUAAUGUUGAAAAUGUCUUCCAUCCGGUGGAAUGUUCCUAUUGCCGGAGCGAGAGCAUGAUGGGUUUCCGGUAUAGGUGCCAACAGUGCCAUGGCUACCAGCUCUGUCAGAGCUGCUUCUGGCGUGGCCAUGCCAAUGGUCCCCAUAGCAACCAGCACCAGAUGAAGGAGCAUUCAUCUUGGAAGUCUCCGGCCAAAAAGCUGAGCCAUGCAAUCAGUAAAUCUCUAGGCUGCGUCCCCAUCGGAGAGCCGCCACAUCCUGUGUUCCCCGAGCAGGCUGAGAGACCACAGGAACUCACCCAUACUGUUCAGCCGAAACCAGUGGCCAACAACAUGAACGACACAAUGCUCAUGUCCUCUGGGGCACCUACUCCUACCAAAAGUGUCUUGGAGAGUCCCAGUCGGCUAGAUGAAGAGCACCGCCUCAUCGCUCGCUACGCUGCCCGCCUGGCAGCUGAGGCAGGCAACUCCACACAACAAUGUCCUCCGUCAGAUCUGGGUUUCAACUUCGAUGCCAAUAAGCAACAGAGACAGCUGAUUGCAGAGCUGGAGAACAAAAACAGGGAGAUCCUCCAGGAGAUCCAGCGGCUGCGUUUGGAGCACGAGCAGGCCUCUCAGCCGACCCCAGAAAAAGCCCAGCAGAACCCCACACUUCUGACCGAACUGCGGCUCCUCAGACACAGGAAGGAUGAGCUGGAGAGGCGCAUGUCGGCCCUGCAGGAGAGCAGACGGGAGCUGAUGGUGCAGCUGGAGGGACUCAUGAGGCUGCUAAAGGAUGAGGAGCAGAAGCAGGCUUCCCAGUCUGGAGGCUCCCCUCAUUCUUCCCCCAGCCACGGUGCGGGCUGCUCCAUGCCCAUGCCCAUACGCUCCACCUCGGCUGGGUCCACCCCAACACACACACCACAGGACUGCCUGGCAGGGGUGGGAGGGGACGUGCUUGAAGCCUUUGCUCAGGGUGUACCUAGAAAUCUUCGGAAUGAUCUAUUAGUUGCUGCUGACUCAAUUACAAACACCAUGUCAUCACUGGUGAAAGAGCUGCACUCAGUGGAUGACGGGGGAGACGAGGAGGAGAUCAACAUGAGGAACGGUGGGGACAGAGCUGAAGCAGAAUGAACAACAAAAAGCACAGUUAGAGUACCGAAGCACUGAGGAAAAGACAACACCAUUCCACCCUGUAAGGACAAACAGUCAUCAAAUGGGAAGAAUCUGUAACAACAACAACAACAACAACAACAACCCCUGGCAUUAGCACGUAGAGUAAUGCAUGCUGUAAUCUAACAGGAUUUCACUAUGUGAAAAAAACAAUUUCUUCACACCUUGCAGGUAGCAAGAUGUGUCUAAUUAGCGAGUGUGUAUGUUGUUCUGUAAACAAAAACUGCUGUAAUUACCCAAUGAUUUCCCUCAUGACUGCUAAGGAAUGGCUUGCUGUGCUUUCUCCCCCAACUGUUCCAUCGCAGCAGAUCAUUCUGUAUAUAAAAUACUGUAAAACACAUGACCACGGGAACGCCCCCCGACAUGAAGGUGACCUCCUGUCACACAACACGUUCCCUGUCAUUGCUUUUGUAUAAUUAGCGCUAGUAUUAUUAUUUUGUCUUCUUUUUUUUUUUUUUUAAAUCAUUUUUGCAUGAAGUUGCACUCAUGUCUGGAUUUAGGUACUGUACCAUGCUAUGCCAGCUCUUUGUGGGUUUAUGAUGACAGCUGGGGUGUCAGAAGUGUCCUGCCUCAGAAUUCACGUUGAGUGUGUUUACUCGCGCAACCAUAUUCUGAAAAAAUUCUUGGAGUUUUGCCGUCACCGUGGGGGUGCCAGGCAACCAGCGGAGACUCCAGGAAAUCUCUGUGCCAGCAUAUAAUUCCCCCCUAAAAAACCCCAACUUGUCUUGGUUAAACAAACAAGAUAUAAUGCAUCAGAGUGAGCUUUAGAGGUGCUGCUAGGUGUCUUUUAACCUUUGGACGGAGCCAGCUGUUUACCCCUGUUUCCAGGCUUUAAGCAACCUAAACUAAUCUGGUCAUCCAAAGCCUUUGGCUUUUUUUAAUUCAUUUUAUUUCUAAUGCAUUGUGUUCAAUAUUAUACAUACAUGUUACCUUGGAUGUAUUAUACCAGAGUUUGCUCCAAGAUCAUUUUCAUCUGCAAAUUUUAGCGUUUAAGUGUAAAAACAAGAAGUUGUAGUUUUUAAGGAUGUUGGGGGCUGAACUAUUUCUUGGCCAACCACAGUGACUUCCUGCAGUCAUAUUUUGAGAGGAGGUUGCCAACCAAAAUAACCCCCGCAAAACCACAACUUCUUAUUUUUAUACAAAUUAAACAAAGCCAUAGCCAGGCUCACUGUUUCCCCCGUUUCCAGUCUUCAUGCUGGCUGUAGCUUCAUAUUUCCUCACAGACACGUGAGGGGUAGUGAUAUUCUCCAAAAGAAAAAACAUCAUCAGAUUUAAUAAAGAAACUGUUAGUUGCAGCUCUUCCCAGAAGACCACUUCUUUGAAUGUGUGCAGGCAUAUCUGUUAUUGCAAUAUGAAGACACACAUAAAAAAAACAUGUCCCGGUUCAGACCUUAACCAGAAAUAAUAACUGGUAUCCAGAAUAUUGCGUGCGUGUAAACACACUCCUUGAGUCACAUACUGUACUGCUGCUACUGUGCUCUCAGUGAGCCACCCUUGCAAAUAAGAGGGCUGCGCAAUUAAGAGAAACCAAGGGGCUACUCCAAACACAAUAAUGAGCCGAGUCUCGUUGUUUCCUCCCCGUGAAAACUUAACUGAACACACCUGAAUAGCUGGUAGUAUUUAUUGUUUUAAGUGUAGGGAAGCACCUCAGGAUGUUUAAAUAGUAAUGAACUAGGCACUGAGUUUUAGUUGUGAGUUACAAAAUGAACACUUAUACAGUGCGUGGGGAUGUAAGGUCGUAGUAAGCAAGUAGGACAUGCUUUGAUAGCUUUAUUUAGUUAAUAAAGGAUUAUUGAAAAUGUUUAUGUCCAAUGAAGGUAGGUGCUCAGGGACUGCAGAGCUAUACUAGGUGAAAUGUGGUGGUGACGUCCUUUAAAUGCUAGACGUCAUUGGCCACAGAGGUUGAGGAUGAUUAAUAAUGGAGGGUUUCAUUCCAAAUACACAUCCACUGUUCACAAAUUCGUUGUUCAACUUCCUUGUAAUCCCUGUCGUAAGAUUGAGUUUCUCUUCCUAAAGACGUUCGUUUUAUUCUCCCUUCACGAGUCAAUUUGGUUCAAUUUUGGAAUGAAACUCUUUAAAUAUAUAGAGGUGAAAACAACCGGAAGUGAUUAAACGCAGGAUAAAGAAUGUGGAUCCUUAGAAGGUGUUUUUUCUGAAGUGCUAUUUUGGUGAAGCAUGUUGUUGGAUAUAGUUUGUGUGUGAAUUUGUGUCUUUCACGGAAAAAGCAAAGCUGUUGCAGAGGUAGCUGUCAACCAGAGAGGAUGUUUGUUUUGAGACAGACAGAAAUCAGGUCUAAGUUACCUUCACAUUUUUGUCUUCUGGUUCAAUGUUUUUUGUCUUUCAGGGUAGCUGUUCAUCUCAAAUAAAAAUGAGCAAUGUUUGCUUUUUAGUAAAUGCAAAUGUGAAAAAAGAUCUGGGAGCAGUUUUUUUGAGUAAUAUGUUCCAGUUCUCAAAGCAAGUUGUGGGUAAAAUCUGACUGAAUUGAGCUGAAAAGCCUGAACGCUUUGUUUUGAGAUUUGUACAGUAAGCCUAUCCUAUAAGCUAAGUAUAAGGUUUCAGCAACCUGUUACACUGUGUCAAGAAAAAGAACAAAAAGAGGCUCCUCUGUUAUCGACGUUCUAAAUGUGAUGUUUUCAUUCAGUUCUCUGCUCUGCUCUAUGUUAUCAUUAUUGUUAUUAUUCUGGUUUACAGUAUUAGUGGAGUAUAGUCAAUGUAAUGAGUUUGUCAAAUGCAGAUUCAUGUGCACACUCACACUUGCACCCGAAUAUAAAUUACCAUGAAGAGGUUUUUAGAAUUAAAGUAAUGUAAUUUAAAUAACAACUGCUGUUUAUUCAGCGUAAAAUGUCCAGAAAUGAUUAAAAAUGCAGAGGUAAGAAUUUAAACUGUCUUCCCCUUCAUUCUGGCCAUUUGACUUCAAAGGUUAGCUUUGUUUUUGUUCUUUCAGUUUGUGCCUGUAGCUGUUCCGUAAAAGUGCUGUAUAAAGUAUCCAUUCAGCAAAUAAGACCAUCUAUCAGCCUUUCUGUCUGUGACUUUGUAGAGAUUUUAUUUAUUUAUUAAAUGUGUUCUGGGGAAAACUGAUGCUCAGCCUUUACAUUUGUGCCAAACUGUUUGCAGACAUCGUGUUGUAUUCAAAUUACAGGUAUAUAUCAAAGUAUAUCUGCAUUAGUAUGUUGUUGUUGCCCAUAGUCUAUUCACAGAAUGCCUGGAGAUGUUCACAUGUUAAUGUUUUCCACUGCUGGAAAAACUCACAUUUAAUAGAAAAUAAAGCCAGAAAACACAUUCCAAAACUACUGAUAGAGAGUCACUGAUGUCAUUUUAGCCAAUGUGAAGGCAAUACUGUAUACCCUGUCAGACCAAACUCGGGGUAAUACGAAUAAAACACAGCCGGUCAUACAGAGGUGCAUACAUUGUGAUCCUUUUAUUGUUUGCAGAGAGACAACAUGCAAAGAGGACGGCGUCGGCGACAACGCUCCCCUGAUGUUAUUUAUCUAUGUAUGUGUUCUGUAUGGUUAUGCUUCUGGUACACAUUUGUUUCUCAUGUUGAUUUUACAAAACAUAGUUUUAUGUCACAAAGCCACUGUCUUUUGUAAAUAAAUCAAAUGUGAGAUAUAUUAAAAAGAUUUAAAAUAUG